GGCGGAGUUUCAGUGUCUGCUUGAACUUUGUAACUGACAGGCUGUUUAACCGAGUUCAGUGCAGCAUUUAAUGAGUUUAGCUCGCUCUCGGGCGGCAGAUCUUCCACUGCGCCCCCUGCUGUGUGCGGCUGGAGCUGCAGCCGCAGGAGUUUAUUAUUGUUAUUAUUAUUAUUAUAAGAAGCGUGGCUCUUGGGAGAGAACAGCGGAGACCGACACAACUCUCACCGAGGGCCCAGUACAGACCCAGCUCCCUGCAGUAGAUGAUUCUUUGCCGGAUCCAGGCUUGAUCUCUGAGGUGCAUGGAGUCAGUGUCAUACAGACUGACAGCGCUGUUCUUCAGGACUAUGAGGCAGGGUGUCCAGCUCACACAGCCCUGAACUCUCAGUACACCGAGAUUAAGGAAAUUUUAACACACAUUGAGGAGUUACUAAAGGUGAAUCUGGCUAAAGCUGAGGAGAAAUACAAGCGGGCGAUGGAGUCCAAAGCUCAGCUGGAAAAUGAGAAGAUGGACUUGAUGUCUGAGGUCAACACACUGCGUGGCUCAAUGAAGCAGUUGGAGGAACAGUUUGCUGAGGCACGCAGGAGGAAUGAUGAGAUAACAAGGGAGCUUGCCAUACAGCAGGGCAUUCUCAGAUUUGAGAAGUCCAAGGCUGAAGAGCAGGUGAAAGAUUUAAAGCAGAAAAUCAGUUCACUGGAGGUCUCUCUGGCUGAAGCUGAGACGAAAUACGCGGCGUCAUUGGAGUCCAUUACUCAACUGGAGAAUGAGAACUAUGACCUGGUGGAUGACACGAACACACUGCAAGAAACAGUGGAUGAUUUGGAGGAACAGCUCUCUCAGACCGAGACAAGGUGUAAUGAGGCAAUGACGGAGAUGGAAAGAAAAACUCGGGAGUUGAGGGCUUUACGUUCCAGGUGGGAAUUGUUGAAUGAAACUGUGCUAAAGGAUUAUGAAACAGAGCGUGUAGCUCACUGCGCCCUGAAGUUGCAGUACAAUGAGCUGACGGAACAGCACAACCAGCUGCUAAAGGUCACUUUGGCUGAAGCUGUGGCAAAGUACCAGCAGGCAAUGGAGUCCAACACUCAGCUGGAGAGUGAGAAAUCAGACUUGAUGUACCAUGUGCACAAAAUGGAAGGUGCAGUGCAGAAGCUGGAGAAACUUCUGGAUGAGGUAGAGAUAUCGUGUGAUAUCAUAAAGCAAGAUCGUGAGCGAGAAGGAGAGGCUUACAACAUCCUGAAGUCACAGUACGAAGAGGCAUUAAAACAGCGUGAUGAAUUACUAAUGGAGAGAGAGAGAGAAAGAGAGAGAGCAGGAGGCUCACAGUGUCCUGAACAGGAAGUACAACAAGAUGACCGGAACUGUAAUGCAGUGUGAUGAGUUACUAAAUAAAUCCGAGGAGCCUGUAGAUUUAUGAACCCCAAUAACGGCCAGGGGUGGUGUUUAACACCUGGACACACAAAUUCAAUGCAUUGUUAUACUGUUUAAUGCAAUGUAAUGUAAUGUAAUUAUUUAAUGUGCAGUUAAUAUAAUGUAAAUGUCACUAUGGUUUCUGGAAUGUACUUGUCAAGUUCCUGUUAGCGUUCCCUUGCGCUUUACUGGUGGCCUGGUGGGUGAUAUUGUGGCCCUGGGAGCUUGGUUCUAGGUGCUAGUAUUUCUGGCGUGUACUGUGGAACAUCGGGGGCCACUGGAGCAUUGACUCAUAUCUAGCAGGAACACUUGGCCCAUCUGUUACUCUGUUGGCUAUGCAAUUCUGAAGCCUAGCUCUCCUUUCUUUGGACCUCUAGCCCCUUACAUAUCAGCCAAGAAUCUCACCAUGGAGCUCCUGUUAUGGCUGCUUAAAAUUUGGCAGUGGUGUCUGUGUGCUGUUAGAUGAACUCUUAGCAUAAGCUGCCAGAGACAGUUAUGACAAGUGUGUGGCUCUGCUAUUGGUUUGGUUUUUUUGGUAAAAAAAAAAUUCUUAGCCCAGCAACCGACAUGCUGCCUUUGACCGCAGGCUAUCAGGAGGGGUUUGUACUGGAGUCUAAGUCACUGUUAGGCAAUGAAGGAAGUACGUUCUGGCCUAUUAGCAAUGUUGGUUCAGGUUCUGUGAAGGAAAAUGGAGUGGCGCACCACUCCAAUCUGUUAGCACUGGUAUAGCCAAAUGGGUGGAUCAAUGGAUGUUAUUGGGAAGGAGGGGAAGGGCGCGAAGCACAGACUCCGGCCCUGUACCCCCGAUAGCUCAGAGUAUGAGAUGAAGCAAGUCAGUUGCAAAAUAGCAAACAACAACUUCGCUAUCUCAGACACAGUGAAGUGAAGCUAACGAUCUAUGCUAGAAGUAGCAAUUCUAGGUAGCAGUUCUCAGGGAAAGCUCAGACAGAAAAAGUUAUUAAUAUCCAGUGUUAGAAAAGCGUUCUCAGCACAUAGUGAUGUUUACAUUGGGUACUUACAGUAAGUACUACAUCACUGAUGUCAUCUGACUUUGUGAUUAAGGUCUCGGCAUAUGCACACAAGAGAAUAUCCAGGUGUUAAUCACUGCUCCUGGUGGUUAAGAGAGGUGAAACUGAACGACCAUGAUGAAGGGUGGACAUAAUAAACACAAUUUUUUUUUUUAAUAAAAUCUGUAUUCAAUCACAUCAAUAAUCAUCAGUCAUCUUUGAUCAUAUUUAUUAUAUUAAUUUUAGUCAUCUUGAUUUUUAGUUUACAGACAUUUUAUAAUCAAAUCUUUUUAAUCAAAUUAUUCAUACUUUUUUAAGAAAUGUAUUAAAAUGAAGACCUCAAUAAUUAGCACAAAAGUAAAAGGGAAGUUCAGAGUGGCAGUGAAAGAAAAAUGGCAGCAGAUAUGGGACACCUUUAUCGUUUCUAAACACAUGUAGGACUUGGAGUGUAUAUUAUCGCAAUAACAGAUGAAAAAACUAGUUUAAAUAAAUAAAUGUAUGCACUGUUCAAUUUCUGGCCUUGUCACUGCCAAUUUGCUGAGUAAACCUGGGUGGGAAAGGGUUUUGUGUGAUCAAAUUCAGUUCAAUUCACAACACAUAGUACUGUCAUCACAAAUGCCAGUUGUUUAUUGUAUCACACACACACACACACACACACGCACA